AUGUCGCUCUGGGCUAGAGCUCAGCAGCUGCCGCAGGAGAGCCUCCAGCAGGUGCGGGCCAUCUACGGUGACCAUUUCCCAAUAGAAGUGAGACACUGUCUCGCGUCAUGGAUUGAGAGCCGGAUCUGGACCUCGGAGCCGGAGGAGCAGCAGCGCUACUUCGUCGAGGAGCUGGUGCAGGAGAUCCAGACGAACGCCGACCUGAUGCUCUCGCCGGAGAUGUUCGUCACGCAGAUGAAAUUGAAGGAGGCAGCCAACAACUUCCGCGUUCAGUACAGCCACGAGCCCCAUAAGCUGUACGCCUACCUGCGGCGCUGCCUCGCCCUGGAGAUGGAGGUGAUCCAGAACGCGAUGGGCACGCCGUACGUGGCGCAGCCGCACACCGAACGGAAGUACAGCGAGCUGAUCACCGGUCUGCAAAACGUCCGCCAGAAGGUGAGCAUGGCCAGCGAGGAGAUCAGGAGCCUCCAAGCCAACAUAGAGUCCUUCUCCCUCCAGUAUCACGAGUGCCUGAAGAAUAAAGGCCACAUGAAUUACCUGCAGCAGUCGGGGCCGAUCACCGCGGAGCGCCGCGAGCUGGAGGCCUGUCUCCGGGUGCAGAUCGAGGAUAUGGAGAGGAAGCUGAAUGCUCUGGUCGCCCAAAUCAACCAGUCCCAGAUGGAGCUGGUGGACCGCAUGAAGGACAACAUCGCGAACCUCCGCCAGCUGCAGAGCCAGGUGCUGGACGAGGAGCUGAUAAAGUGGAAACGCGAGCAGCAGCUGAGCGGCAACGGCGUGCCGAUGCAGUCGAACCUGAACACGAUCCAGGAGUGGUGCGAGAUGCUCGCCGACCUGAUCUGGACCAGCCGCCAGCAGGUGAACAACGUGGCGCGCAUCAACAGCAAGACCAUCGUGGAGCUGCGGCAGCCGCACCUGGUCGAGAUGCUGGACGACAUGAGCAAGCAGGUGACCAGCCUCCUCUCCACCCUGGUGACGUCCACCUUCGUGAUAGAGAAGCAACCGCCCCAGGUGAUGAAGACUAACACUCGAUUCACAGCUACAGUACGCUUGCUGGUUGGCGGUCAGCUGAAUGUUCACAUGACACCGCCCAGGGUGACGGUGGUGAUAAUAUCGGAGCAGCAGGCGCAGCUGCUGCUGAAGAGCGACACGCAGACCGGCCGUGGCAAGCAGCCGGUGGAGUGCGGAGACAUCCUGAACAACAGCGGCUGCAUGGAGUACCAGCCUACGAGUAGGCAGCUCAGCGUCAGCUUCAGGAACAUGCAGCUGCGCAAGAUCAAGAGGGCGGAGAAGAAGGGCACGGAGAGCGUGAUGGACGAGAAGCUGACCCUGCUGUUCCAGUCGGAGUUCAACGUGGGCGGCGGCGAGCUGGUCUUCCAGGUGUGGACGCUGUCGCUGCCGGUGGUGGUGAUCGUGCACGGCAACCAGGAGCCCCACGGCUGGGCGACCGUCACGUGGGACAACGCCUUCAGCCCGCCCGGCCGCGUGCCCUUCGCCGUGCCCGACAAGGUUACGUGGGGCCAGUUGGCUGAGACACUCCGCAUCAAGUUCGGCUCCGCCACCGGUGGGGACCUGUCCGAGGACAACCUGAGGUUCCUCGCGGAGAAGAUUUUCAGGACCAGCCUUCCAAUGUCAACGAUGGAGCUGAACGCCAUGACAGUCAGCUGGACCCAGUUCUGCAAGGACGCGCUGCCGGAGAGGAACUUCACGUUCUGGGAGUGGUUCUACAUGGUGGUCAAGGUCACCAGGGACUACCUGAGGACCUUGUGGUGCGACCGAUUGAUCAUGGGCUUCAUCCAGAAGAAGCAGGCCGAGGAGAUGCUGGCCAAGUGCCCGCCCGGCACCUUCCUUCUGCGCUUCUCUGACUCCGAGCUCGGCGGUAUCACCAUCGCCUGGACGGGGGAGGGCAACGAGGUGUUCAGCCUGCAGCCGUUCACCUCCCGCGACCUGAUGCUGCGCUCGCUAGCCGACCGCGUUCUGGACCUGGCCCAGCUGCAGUUCCUCUACCCCAACGUGCCCAAGGACGAGGUCUUCUCCAAGUACUACACGAAGCCCGAGAACGAAAUGCUGAAGAACGGCUACGUGAAGCCCGUGCUGGUGACCACCCUGCCGCCGUACAUGUCGCCGUCGCCCGCCUACGCCCACUCCCACUCGCCGGACUCGCACCGCAACACGCCCAGCGUGCAGAGCAGCUACUUCAGCGCCUCGACGCCCGCCCAGACGGAGAACAGUUUCAUGGACAGCGAUCUCUUCGAGCAGAUAAGGGCCUUCGAGCCAGACGGCCUGGACGAUUUCGACUUCUACAGUGCGAACAUGAGCAUGAAG